AUGUACGAGGUGGGCGGAGGCACGUUGGCUCGCAACAUUCUCGACCGCCUGCAGGCGAAGGCUCCUGCUGAAUCUGAGCAGGAGCCUUCUGUAUCGCCUGUACCGGCGCUGCCAAUACACGUGAGUGACUCGGUGGAAAUCAGCCCAGCUCUCGCCCGAAGGCAAAGAGAGAGAAUCACUGGCUAUGCGUUGAAGCAUGGCAAUGCGGGUGAUUCAACUGCUUCAACUGCCACACAUACUUCAGCUGUCUCAGCAGCCACACCUGCCACACCUGCCACACCUGCCACGCCUGCCACUCCUCUUUCCGCUGCCACAGCCGCCCCAGAUUCUGGCAGUCAAGAUGGCGCCGCCUUAAGUGUUGGCAGGGCACGGCGAGGGGCCAAGGGCGCACGGGACGGCUCUGCCUCUCGUGCUGCUUUGAAUGGUGCUGCUUUGAAUGGUGCUGCUUUGAAUGGUGCUGCUUUGAAUGGUGCUGCUUUGAAUGGUGCUGCUCGGCGCUCCCCCUCGCUUGAGUUGGUGCACUCCGUGGCGGUGUUUGAUGCUGCUGAUGUGUGCGGCUGGGGUGCGCCAUCCAACGAUCCAUGCUUCAUUCUCUUAUUCGAGGUGUUGGACAACCUACCACACGACAGGGUGCAGUGGAGCAGGGAGAGCAGCGAAUGGAUGGAAACACGAGUGAAGCAUGCGGGAAGGGAGGGGGAAGCGGAGGAGAAGGAAAGGGCAGGGAAGAGGCAUGGUGGACAGGUGGAGGAGGCAGGGAGGAGGCAUUUAGAGGGAAGGGAGGGCACAGGGAGGCCGUACGAGGUGCUUCAACCCAUCAGCGAUCCGCUCAUUUGCCGAUGCCUUGCUGCAGUAUUGCGUCUACUGGAGGCCAUAUACACAGCGCGCCCCAACGCCACUGUCAUCGCUGCUGACUUCUCUGUGCUGCCCGACGUGCGAAUCCCAGGCGCCAACGCCCCCCUCGUGGCUGCCAAGGUGAGGCAGUGA